UAGUGGUCCGUCCUGUCCCGCCCACAGCAGCUCGCACGGCUUUCCUGCGCCAGCAGCAGUGUGUCACCAAGGCUGGGUUGCUGCCGGAGAGAUCAGGGCAAACAACCAGUUAACCCAAACUGGCAUCGCAGCGGGGCUGAGGGGCUGCCCCGGCGAGUUUUAAACCUGAAUACUGCUUAGGUUGGAUCCUACGCCUCGCUGUCACCACCGCCCUUCCUCCUGAUGUCGGAUUUCAAGCUAGGGAUCGUACGGCUCGGCCGUGUGGCCGGGAAGACAAAAUACACACUGAUUGAUGAGCAGGACAUACCGCUUGUGGAAAACUAUGCGUUUGAGGCACGCAUGGAGGUAGAUGCGGAUGGCAAUGGAGCUAAGAUCUUUGCCUAUGCUUUCGACAUUGGCAAAGGCCGCUGGGCAGGAAGGCCCUUGCAUGAGCUGCUCUGGGAGAAGCACAGAGGAGGCAUUGCCCCCAGUUUUCAAGUCAUCCACAUCAACUCUGUGACAGUAGACAACCGGCUAGACAACCUGCGACUGGUGCCGGUGGGCUGGAGCCCCAAGCCGGAGGAGAUUUCCAGCAAGCAGAGAGAGCAGUCUCUGUACUGGCUGGCCAUCCAGCAGGUACCAGCUGACCCUGUGGAGGAGCAGUACCUGGAGUUGAGCCGCACACGCUACUACAACGCUAACGGAGAGCUGGUGGAGGAAGAGGAGUGCUCCUGCACCUACUAUGAGUGUCACUAUCCUCCUUGCUCACUCAUUGAGAGAAGGCUCCGGGAGUUCAACAUCUGCGGUCGCUGCCAGGUGGCGCGCUACUGUGGCUCCCAGUGCCAACAGAGGGACUGGCCCGCCCACAAGAAGCAGUGUCGUGAGCGCAAGCGGGUGCUGGCCCUGGAGUCGGAGCCCGAACGAUGAUCUGGCCUCAUCCUCGCCUGGGAGAGGAGGAGCCAGAACAGGGGGGAUAGGGUUAGACUUGUGGGAGGGGUGCUGGGGGGGGAGACUCAUGUCAGGAGACUAACAACAGAGGACAAUGUUGGUUGCUUGAUUGUUUGAUGGAUUCAGGGGCUAAGAAGAUGGAGGCAAGGAAGGAGAAUUUAUAAAAAAAAAAAAAAAAAAAAGGACAUCUGCUACUUCCCAGAACUGGUAAUUCUCCGUAGCUUGCUUGCUGGAUGACAGGGAAAGGUAUUAUUAUUAUUACUAUUAUUAUUAUUUUACAUUAUUUUUCUCGAGGAGGGAGACCCUCGAGCUCUACCUGCUGCUAUGGUUUUGUAUGUGAGGGGGGUAAAAGUUGUCUUGUGGAUGAACUGGACAAAUUUCUUUGGACCAUAAUAUGGACAGUUGUCAUCAUCCACUUUUGUUUCUUCACCCAUCUACUGGGUGCGAGGACGUCUGUGCAAAUGGGGGACCCAGAGGCUGCAGUACCCGUUGUUGAGCUGGUACAAUGGGACAUGGACCUUUUCACUGUAUUGCUCCCUCUGUGACCUCUCUGGUGCACAGGGCUGCUGUCUUCAUGGUCAUCGACACCUUAGCCGCCAUCCCUGUCUGUUGUACUUCCCACGCAGCCAACCAGGGCACACAUUGGGUAGAUUCCACUCAUUGAAUCACACUACCAGUGUUGCGUGUUGGAGUGUGUAUGAGUGUGUAUGCUUGUGUAUGUAUGGCCAAUCUGUACUGAAGGACAUUCAAAUGGUCAACAUGGCUUACGGGCAGGGUUAAUGUUGUUGAUGUCCUUUCUCUUCUUAAAGGGGCCAUAUUACAGUUUUAAAUUUCAUAUUUAAUAAGCAAUUGGUGGGUUAAAAUAUUUUCACUGUUCAAUAAUAAAGUAGCUGCCAAAUAAAGGCUUUAAUAUUUUCUAGUCAAGUCUUUAAGUUUUCUUGACCCAUGAGUCAUUUCAGUUUUCUAUCAAUUUGAUCAGACUUUUGUUUAAAACAAGGUACAAAGUUUUAAUGUUACUUUAAUCUAAAGUUUUAAAGUAACUGGAUUCAUUAGAUUUUAAAAGAAAUCUGCAAUUUCAAAAUUGACCAGUUACUAUUUAGAAAUCUGUUCCAGGUGUUGUUGGUACUUUGACAGGCCUUUUGUCAUGAUCCCACAGAAACAAAGCUUGUGUUGGUCACGGUAUAAGAACCUGCAACAUUAAUUUUUUCAUGUUCUCAAGACACGAAAGUAUCUGUCAAACUUUCUGAUUAUCUCUACCAAAGUCUGCUAUGACCUGUAGCUUGGCACUCCCGUAUCAACUGGUUUAAAUCCCUCCAGUCAGUCUUAGUUUGCUGGUUUUUAACAGACUCUUGUCUAUUCAACUGUAUUUUUUGCACCUGCAGGGUUUGGUAUGCGUGGGUUGGGGAGGGGGGGGGGGGGGGGGGGGGGGGGGGGGGGGGGUAAUGCGAAGUUUCUUGUGUGAGAGUUUGCUCUAAGGGUUAUUUUUUUUUUUUUGAAGAUUCUAUCAAUGGAGCUAUAUUUAUUUAAAACAUUUGAUUGUGAAAUAUGUUCUUGUCUUGGUGAUAUUUGAAGGCAAAGGUAAAAAAAAAAGUGGACAAAAUGGGACCUUUUUUUUUUUUUUUUAAUGUCACAUCUUUUGGGGCAGGGAGGGGGACUGAACAUUUCUACCCCAUUACUUGAUUAUUAUUUUUCUUUCCUUCACCUGAAUGAGUGAAGUCUCUCCUCGGUGUUACCCUUCCAGAUUUUCCAUGAAAACACUGCACACCGUCAUUGUCACUAAAACUCUUCCACGUGAGAGACGUCUUGGAGCGUAAAACUUGAAUUUACCCCUUUACACACCUUUUUGGCAAAAAACUUUUUGUGGGGGGGGGGUUAGAACUGAACAUUUCCUGCAUUUGUUUUUCUAAGACACAGCAGUCAAAGUGAAAUUGUUCUGUGUCGACUUCAUCCUAAAUCGCCUGCCUUCCUUGUAUUACCUACAAUGCACACCUGCUUAAUGUGUCCUCUUGUGUCUUUGAUGAGGAGUCCAGACACUCAGUGAGCAUGUAAUUCACAGACGUACAUGCUACUUGUUUGAUUGUUAUUUUUUUUUAUGUGUGCAACCCGGUUUUCAACACUGCACUAAAAAUGUGCCUCCCAUGUUAGCUCAUUUGUCAUAGAUGGGUUAAAGGGAGGCGUGUGAUUUGGAUUUGGAGUGUACAGAUUGUCUGAAAUCUUUUUGUUUUGUAAGAAUAUAAACAUUAAUCACCUAGAAAUAAAGAGCUACAAUAUGUGAAUGGACGUACAGUUGAGGGGGAUUACUGACCGUUGCUUUUCCAAAUGUAAAAUGACAAUAAAUAAAAUGAACCU